CAUCGAACUACAUCCUCUACUCGCCAAGAGAGAACACCUCCCAGGCGAUCUAGAGAUGUAGCCAAAGCCAAAGAUGGCACCAGGGAUAGGAACACCCCAUCCUCAAAAUCAGCUUCCGAAAAAUGCCAAAAGAAGCCAAGCAGAAGCCAGAAGGCAAAAGAUAGAGUUCUUCCGAAACGGGGCGAACCAGGUGGCCUGGAUGAUCCCUUCAGGAAGGGUCUAAGUGGAGCGGCUACAAGGCGGUACCUCGAUCUUUUGGCGGAAGGGAAAACCCCUGAAGAAGCCAAAAGGAGGGUGGAGGAAAGGAGAGCUGAGCUUUUAGCUGAGUCCCUCAAAAGCCAGGGCCAAGGUAAGAGGAAAAAUCACCAUAUUACCCCUCCCCAAAGGCAAGAGGUGAAAAAACCAAGAUUGGGCAACUCAGCAGAAGCGGGAUCAAACACCGCGCUGAAUACUAGCAAGAGACCACUGUCGUACGCCAAUACCACCAAAAGCGUAAGGAUAGCUAUUCUACCAAAAGAAUAUCCUGACGCAACUCUUGGUACCGAUGAACUGACAGCACUCGAGGAGGCGAUCAUUGAGGAAGUGUCUUUAGGCUGGAAACAUAAGCUACAGUUUAACGGGAUUCACUUUAAAACAGGCCUGCUCGUUGUAGACUGUGCUGGUCAACAAACAGCGGACUGGCUUAAAGAGAAAGCCGCAAGACUUAGCACUUGGAAGGGCACUGCUCUGGUUGCAUGCUUGGGAGAAAACAUUCCCAAGUUGCAUACCAUAACUAUGUUCCUUCCAAGAAGUAAGGAUCAGGAGGACCAGAAAUCUUUAGCCCUGAUUGAAGCUCAAAAUGAUGGACUUUGUGUUAAAGCAUGGAAAAUCAUCAAGAGCAAGGCGGAAGGCAAAGGCAAACUACUGGUGGCAAAGAUCGACACCAAUUCUGCCAAAACCAUUACAAAUGCAGGUCAUGAACUGCAUUUUAAGUUCGGGAAAAUCCCCAUAACUGGCCUCAGGAAAAAUAAUGUAGAGGCAAACACACACCAUCAAGGUAAUGACCCAACUACCUCUGACUCCACAGACCAACCUCCAACCACCAACCAAACCCCAAAAGCCCCCCAUCCAAUAAAUCCUAUUCCCUUACCACCACCACCACCACCACCCCCUCCAAGUAUUCCCGUAGUACAGGUAAACCAAGUUGCCGAGAUGGAGAAAGGCUCAGUGAACGGUGAAGAUGAGGGCAUGGACCUCUCUCCGUUACGAGUGAGCCCGGAUGAAGCGCUUCCAACUGAAGAGGAGGAAGAACAUCUGCUUGCAGAUGAAGGGGCAUUCGCCCCGAUUCUGUAAGCAAAAUGACCGGACGCGGGAUCAGUGCCAGGCUAGCCCAAGUUAACGUCCACCAUGCUAAAGCGGCUUCGGCUGUCAUAGCAAGGAAAUUCACGGCGGAUAACCUGGGGUUAGUGCUGAUCCAAGAACCCUGGAUUAACGGGGGUCAAGUAAGGGGCCUAACAAGUAAGGACUCCAAUUUAAUAUGGGACACGAGAAGCACCUCGCCCAGAACAUGCAUAAUGAUCAGAAAUAAUAUAAAUUUUAUAUGUCUUUCAGAAUUUAUGACGCGGGACCUUGUUCCAAUACAAGCCCAGAUAUACAUCGAGGACAAUCCCUGCACGAUGGUUGUAGCUGCAGCAUACUUUGCGGGUGAUGAUGACGACAUACCGCCUGCUGAAGUACAGAAGCUGGUUGACUACUGCAACAAUAAAAAACUACCGUUGUUGGUUGGAUGCGACGCCAACGCUCACCAUACUACGUGGGGUAGUUCCGAUAUUAAUCAAAGGGGUGAGUACCUUUUAAAUUUUAUUAUCGAAAAAAAUCUAGAUACAUUCAAUGUAGGGAAUACCCCAACUUUUGUAACUAGAACUAGAAACGAAGUGUUAGA